CAGGUUAUCCAGAGAAUCGGAACUGCCUACGAUGACCUCGUUCAACCCGCAGAGUUGAGUUUCAAGUUCGCAGAUUUCUACCAGCCUCCAUUGAAUAUGGAAUGUCACUUUUCUCCUCAUGCAACUUUGCUCUUGGUCGGUCCAGACGAUGCUGGAAAAUUGAAUUUUGCAAUCGAGAGCUUCCUUACGGAAGAGUCAGUGGCACGGGAAGUGCGAAAAGUUUGCACACAGCGGAAGUGGAUCGAAAAAGGACGUCCUCGUUUUAACUCACGGGAAGCGUAAUUGUUUGGU